GAGGAGAGAGCUGCUCUUGGAAAUCAAGGCAGAAAUUCAAAUAUUGCAACGCAGUUGGGAUCCACUUCCCAGUUCUCUUCCCCCACCAAACAGAGGCAAGCAGAGAAGAGGCGAUGCGUUUCCUUCCUUCAGAAAGUUGAUACUGUACUAGUUUUUCCAGCUUCUCUGUGCUAUCGUAGUCGUCGUCGUCGUCGUCGUCGUGGUUGUUGUUGUUACUACAGUACUACCGAUCAACUUGAACCUUGUUCAGACAUCCACAGGGGGACCCCUCAUCCCUUAUGCUAGACCUAUCCCUGCAUCAGUUGCGGAUAAGGAUGCUCUCAUCCACUCCAGUGGUAUACAAAAGAGGGAGGUGGAUUGCUCAGAAGGAUACUAUCCUCACCCGGAUGAAACCCACUGCUGCCUUAAAUGCCCCAAAGGAACUUACAUUGCACAACACUGUUCAGGCUUGGAUGCGACAUCUAAGUGCUCAGCAUGCCCUGAGGGUUCCUUCAUGCCUGGAGAUCAUUUCUCUGAAAGGUGUCUCGGAUGCCUUUGGUGCCGUCAAACCUUCGGACAAAUAGAGGUAUCCAAAUGUAACAGUGAGAAUGACACAGUUUGCGGUUGCGGCACUAAUCAAUAUCAAAGUAGCCGCAGUCUUGACUUCAUGUGCAAGAGCUGCAGUGACUGUCCCGAUGGAAGAAUCCAGCAACCUUGUACCAAAUUCAGUGACACAGUAUGUGAGACUGCCUCCAUUGAUUCUUUCUCCAAAAAACAAAUGCUACCCAUGCAGCAGAUUCCCUUAUCGGAAUGUUAGUAAAUCUUAGUAAAUCGGAACUGAGGAAAGGCUGUAUACCUGGAGCUAUG